CAGAGGUCUUCAGCUCUAUUUCAACCAGAAAUUAUUAAACGCAUAAAACUAGAAUGCGUGAGAAUACGUGUGCACGCAAUUUAUAUUCAAAUACGCUGUAACCUCAGGAGCCGAAGACCUCUGGGAGAUGUCGCUUCGGAUUCGAUUGACCUGGCACAACGAUACAUUCGUGCUAGUGUUGUUUUUUUUUAGCUAUUCUUAUAUCCUAUAUAAGAGCCUAAGAUGAACCUCUUGCAACUCAACGACGACUGUUUGGACAACAUUUUACUUCAUUUUGGAUUCGACGAGCUACUGCCGCUUUUUAGUGAAGUCCACACACGUUUCGAUGAGGCCAUUGAACGGCAACUGCACCGAUUUCGGGACUUGGAGUUCACUAUGCGGCACCCUCCUCCCUUUCAAGAGGAGUUGUUGCUUUUACUAGGUCGCCAUUUGAAGAGCCUGCACAUAACCGUGGGCUACUCGACCAGCGACAAAGAUAUCCUUCGAUAUCUCAAUCCCCUGUGCCAGGGGGCGUCGGAGACUCUCCGCCUACGUGCCCUUAAAUUGGACCAUGCCAAGUGGUCGCCCGAUAUCGUGAAUGCUGUCUGUAAGGUUGCACGCUCCCUACUCUUCUUGGACAUGCGUCACUGUGAUGUGCGGGAUUAUCAGAUAACACGGCUCUUGGAAUCGGCGGAUAAGAUGGAGGCUCUUGCUCUGCUGCAUGUGCACAAUCAGACGGGAGAAUCUUAUCUGCAAUACAAUAUACUCAGCAAGGUGCCAGCCUUAAAACUCAUCCACAUAACGAUUCUCGGAAUAUUGCCGUUUUCACCUGAGGAGCUGUCCCAGCAGUGCCCGCGCCUCAGCUUUUUGAUUAGCGACUUGAUCAACAGGGAAUUCAAAAUAUACGGACCAACAGCUUACCUACAAAACUACUAUAAAUAUUACCAUGAAUAUUUCAAGACCCACUGAAUGUUACAACCAAAAAAUGUUAAAUGAUCUCAAAAUAAAUCCGUAAAAAUAA